CUGACAUUUGAAAAACACCGGACCUGAACUAAAGUUAUUAAUUGAAGUGAAUUACUUUCCCUUUAAAAUCCGACCCGUCUCACUCCAACGGACCAGCUCCAUCUCCAACGCCCGCAGACGGAGAGAGAGAGAAUAGAAAGAAAAGAGAGACAAAAUCUCUUCAGAUUUUUAGUUUCCAAAUCCGAUCCUGGCUGGAUUAGUGAGAAAAAAAGUUCAAUCGUAUAGUGACUGAUGGUGUAACAACCGCGUUAAAAGUGGGUGUGUUGUGGGUCAGAUUCCGGCCGGCAAAAAAGAACAAAACUAAAUGGAAGUAGUUCAUGGAAAACCUCCUUCAAGUGAAGGAAAGGUUUGGAAUCUCUGCAAAAUGCCUUUCUGGCAACCUGGUAACUCCUCAUCUUCAUCUUCUAAUACUACUACUUCAAGUUCGUUGACUUCACAAAAUCGUCAACAACAUAAUCAGAACCAGCAGCAGAUUGAUCAAGGAACUCAUUCUAUGAAUACUGUUUCUUCUGUAGCGAGAUCUCUUCUCCCUACUAGGCGCAGGCUUCGUCUUGAUCCAGCUAACAAGCUUUACUUCCCCUAUGAACCUGGUAAACAAGUGAGAAGUGCAAUAAGGAUUAAAAACACUAGCAAGUCUCAUGCAGCUUUCAAGUUUCAAACAAAUGCGCCUAAAAGUUGCUUCAUGCGCCCACCUGGUGGUAUACUUGCUCCUGGUGAAAGUAUUGUUGUAACCGUUUUCAAAUUCGUGGAGCAUCCAGAGGAAGAGAAACAAACUGAGCAGAAGUGCAAAGUUAAGUUUAAGAUUGUCAGCCUAAAAGUUGCAGAAGGGAUGGAAUAUGUACCCGAGCUGUUCGAUGAGCAAAAGGAUCACGUAGCAGUUGAACAAAUUUUGCGAGUCGUGUUCUUGGACAUUGAGAAAACAAGCCCUGCAAUGGAAAAACUGAAACGACAGUUGGCCGAGGCUGAGGAAGCUGUUGAAACGCGCAAGAAACCUCCAGAAGACACUGGUCCACGGAUCGUUGGAGAAGGACUGGUGAUAGAUGAAUGGAAAGAGCGAAGGGAAAGAUACUUGGCUAGACAGCAAGUUGAAGGGGUUGAUUCAGUUUAAAGUGAUAUCUGAAUAUGCACGGUUGCUAUGAGUCUUUCUUGAAAACAUCACUCUUCUCUUAAUGUACGGAGGAUGAAAAAUGUAUUAUUUGUAUCCCUUGUUGGUGUGAGGUAUAAUGUGAAAGUAGGUCCACUUACAUAUUUCGGUGUCUUAAAAUGUGAGAUGAACUAGUAUGGAGUUUAAGAGAUUUGUUUUGUAGAUAAGGUGCUAUUGAUGCUUCUGAAAAUAAAGUAAUUUUUCAGCCAA